UCGAAAACUAACCCGGAAGUGUCUUUCUCAUAGCAACAGAAGCUACGCGACUAAAGUUUAGUUUCCUUUUUUUACAUGCAUGAAACUAUCUCGUUCAAACAAGUCCUAUGAGUAUUGUAUCGUCUCUUAAAAGUCAUAAUUAAAAGCAUUAAUCGGGUUUUAUUCUUUUUAUUAUUUCGUUUUAGCUGAAUUUCCUCCCGCAGUCAUUAGUGGCUCCGAGUUUUAGCUUAGCUUGUUAGCUUAAGGCUGACAGGAACACAGCGAGUCAGAGAGACUUUGAUGGAGAACAGAUUGUUUCUGAUUGAGUUUAAGGAGAGACCAGUUUCUGCUGCGACUGUAUGAAAGCCUCAGAAGUUCAGUGUGUUGAAGAAAGAACAAUAGAAAUGGAGGAACCAACACACGAUGUCCAGCAACUGUUGAUGAUCAAAGAAGAGCUUCUUGUUGAGGAGCAGAACUGGAGUCCCCGACCGGACCUGGUAGACCAAAAGCCUCCACAGGUUAAAAAGGAGCAGGAGGAUGCUGAAAUCACUGAGUUUACAUUCAGUCCUGUCAAUGUGAAGAGUGAAGAGAAUGAAGAGAAACCUCAGCUCUCAGAACUUCUGUACAGUCAAACUGGCGGGAACACAGAGUACAUGGGAUCAGAUCAAUGUUUACCAUCCGAUGAUGAAGACAAAACUUCAAAUUGUUCUUCAGAGACGGACGUCAGUGAUGGAAACUGGGAGGAAAGUGAAUCUCAGUCAGGUUUAGACUCUGUGAAAAAUAAUGAGGUCCCUUUUGGUGAGAAAGGUAAAAAGUUACACAUCUGUCCCGACUGCGGUAAAACAUUCAGAAGCAGGCAAGGUCUGUUAGGACACAACAGAAUACACACCGGAGAAAACCCUUUCAGCUGCUCCAUCUGUAACAAAACCUUUUCUUCUAAAGGAAACUUGCAAAAGCACACAAAGGUCCACACAGGGGAAAGACCUUUCAAAUGUUCUAUCUGUGGUGCGGCUCUUAAAAGUAAAAACGCAUUAAUAGAACACACAAGAACCCACACUGGGGAGAAGCCUUUCAGCUGCUACCUCUGCGGCCGAAGCUUUGGCUUCAGGUCGUAUCUGACCGUUCACAUGAAGUGUCACUCUGAAGAAAAACCUUACAGCUGUUCCGUCUGUACAGCGGCAUUCAAAAGGAAAAACGCUUUACUGGCACACAUAAAAACCCACACUGGUGAGAAGCCUUACAGCUGCUCGGUCUGUGGCAAGAACUUUGCUCACUGUGUAAGUCUAACAUGUCACAUGAGAAGUCACACAGGAGAGAGACCUUACACCUGCUCCAUCUGUAAGGCAACGUUCAAGUGGAAAAAUACAUUCACCAACCACAUAAAAAUCCACACAGAUGAGUAACGCUAAGCUGCACAGACUCUGGUUGAAUCUUCAGCCGGUUUCUGCUGCACUGUCUGUAAAAGAGCUUUUUAAAGGACUUAAACUUCACAGGAAGACCCUGGAUGCCAACCUGGGGAGAAGCUGCUGAAAUGCAACACAACAGUUGGUAGGAUUGGAUCUAAAUAUGUGAUUUGAUUUCAUUGGAUUGAUUUGAAUUGAUUCUUGAUGAGGUUGGACCCUUUUUAACAGGAUAUGAACUGGACCUGUUUGUCCUGCAAAGUGCCUUAAGAAUAUAUUUGUUAACUGGUGCCAAAUAAAAAAGUUGAAUUGAUGGACAGCAGAAAA